GAUUCGCAGGCGAGGGAAGGAACGUUGUAGGAACGGUAGUGAAACCGGGCCCGCAACAGGUGUCAAAAGCCACAUAUUCAAAGGCGGUUUGGUAUUUCCAAGUUGCAUGUACUUGAUAUAAAGAUGCCCUUAGAAAGUCAAACGCUUUUUUACCAAUCACUCUCAAUCUCUCUUGUUAUAGUUUUCCUGAGUCCUCAUCCACGCGACAGUAUGCUACUUUUAACGAAUCAUAUUGCGGUGUUCCUGCUCUGCGUAAACGUAGUUUUGGGUAAUCCGGUCUACAUCUUGCCCAAGGGAACUCCAACCACAAAUUAUGGUCAAUUACCGACUGGAUCGGCACUCUUCUCCUCGUUUACCGGCGUUAGACCAAGUAGGACUACAACCGCCCUGGUGGGCAUGUUCACAUCCGAUAUUGAGCCCUGUCUUCCUCGAUCUAGCGAGCUUACAUCUUCCACGCCUACCGUAGCCAUUUCAACGCUGCGUAUGACGCUGACGACGCCGAAAUUGGAGACGGCAGCCACGUCCUCAUUUUCUGGAAACUCGUCCAUCUUCUGUGGCACCGGAAUGGCCACAUAUGGCACUGGAAUCGCUCCUUUGUGCACUGCGACGGCUCCCUCUGGCCCUAGAACGGCUUCCCUUCGCACUGAAACGGCUUCUUUUCCUCCUAUAAUAGCUCCAGUUGCAUAUUCCAGAGCACUGGGUCCAACAAACCCGACUGCGGUUCAAGAUCGUCAGCAUCUAGCACAUCGGCUCCAACGCUCAGCCUUCAGCUGGGCUACGUAACCUCAUCGACUACUACCUCUGGGCCUUCGCCUACUGCGAGUAAAACGGGCAAAUGCGACAUGUACUUCUUCCAAUCGCGCCACACACUUCAAAGGAGUGAGCUAUCAGAAAUUCUCGGAAUACAGAUGUCCCGGCCCUUCGACCCAAAGUCUACUGAUCGUAGCUGGAGCUAC